AGCCGCGCCCUCGGGUGGAUCCGCCCCGGCGUGGGCUGGGCUUCCCGGGCAACCCUUCGCUCUCGGCCCGGGGCGGCACUGCGUUUCUCGGCGUGCACUUGCUGGGCGGCAGCGGCGACGGUGGUGUGCCAAGAUGGUGGUUCUCUCGAAGGAAUACGGCUAUGUGAUUCUCACCGGUGCUGCCAGUUUCAUCUUGGUAACACACCUUGCCAUCAAUGUGGGGAAAGCCCGCAAGAAAUACAAUGUUCAGUACCCAAACAUGUACAGCACAGACCCUGAAAAUGGACAUCUCUUCAACUGUAUCCAGAGGGCCCACCAGAACACGUUAGAAGUGUAUUCCUCCUUCUUAUUCUUUCUUGGAGUGAGCGGAGUCUACUUCCCGCGGGUCGCUACAGGACUUGGUGCAUCUUGGAUCAUCGGAAGACUGCUUUAUGCUUACGGCUACUACACAGGAGAUCCCAAGAAACGAAACCGAGGAGUUCUCGGCUCUUUGGCGCUUCUCGGAUUGGCAGGGACCACCGUUUACUCUGCUUUGGUUCAUCUUGGCUGGGUGUGCGAUCACUAGAUGACACCUCCUCUAUGGCUUCCUGGGAAGCCUUUAAAUCUUUCAAUAAUGCAAUUAUAUUUUAAUUAUUUAAAAAAUCAAAUAAAAGCCAACACUAACCAUAA